AUGAUUCAAGGUAAAUUGAAAGAACAAUAUGGAAAGAUCUAUGAAUAUUUACUUGAAUUAAGGAAUACAAAUGCUGGAACUACAACUGUUUGCAAACUAGAUAAUAGACUAUUUCAAAGAAUGUAUGUUUGUCUUCAAGCUUGCAAAGAGGGGUUCAAAGUAGGUUGUAGAAGGAUUAUCAGCCUUGAUGGAUGCUUCUUGAAGGGUUAUUAUGCUGGUUACUUACUAGCAGCAGUUGGUACUGAUGCUAAUGGUGGAAUUUAUCCCAUAGCAUAUGCUGUUGUGGAGAGUGAGAAUCAGUAUUCAUGGUUAUGGUUUCUGGAAAUUCUUGGAAGAGACUUGGAUAUUGACAACUCAUAUGGAUGGUGUUUUAUGUCUGAUAGACAAAAUGGACUUGUUGAAGCUGUGACAGAGUUAUUCCCUAAUGCUGAAGCCAGGAAUUGUGUAAGGCAUAUUUAUGCCAACUUCAAAAAAGAUCACAAAGGAAAAGAUCUUAAUGAUGCACUGUGGAGAGCUGCUAGAGCAACUUAUGAUAGAGAAUUCCAAGAUGCCAUAACAAAAUUGAAGACUUUGUCUAAUGAUGCAUUUGAGUGGUUGAAACAUCUUAACCCUCAACAGUGGUCCAAAACACACUUCUCCACCACUACUAAAUCUGACAUGCUUCUCAAUAACCUUUGUGAAUGUUUUAACAAGAUCAUUUUGGAAGCUAGAGACAAGCCCGUCCUUACUAUGAUGGAGCUAAUUAGAACCAAAAUUAUGAGAAGAAUUGUUUGCAGAUAUGAAGUAGCUGAAAAGAUUAAUGGGCCAUUAUGUCCAAAUAUUCAGAAGAAGUUGAACAUUAUAAUUUAUCAAGCAACUAGGUGUUGCGCUACACAUGCUGGAGGGUUGAAAUAUCAGGUUGAAUGUGGUCCAGGAAACCAACAUGUGGUGGACAUGGUCUCCCACUCUUGUUCUUGUAGAAAAUGGGACCUGACAGGCAUCCCAUGUGCUAAGAAAUGGACUCCUGUCACUGAAAUGGAGCCUAUUCUGCCUCCAGAAUUGAGAAGACCGCCUAGAAGGCCAACCAAAAAAAGGAGAAAGGAAGCUGAUGAAGGAAAUAAGAAUGAACCUAAAUUAAGCAAGAAAGGUUCGAUGGGAAAUUGCUCUAAGUGUGGUAAACCUGGCCAGAAUAAGAGGACCUGUAGAGGAGAAGUUGGCGGUAACAGGAGUCUAAACCAACAUGAAUCAGGAUCCAGCCAACCACAUGCACCUGACCAGCCAUCCCAACACUCAACUCCAAUGCAACGACAAGCUCGAACCAUCCAACCUACAAGGCAACAAGUAUUAAGGCCAAAAUUACCUACAAUGAGGCCACUUAAUCCACCAACAACAGUCCGUUGGAUGAUGCCACCAUCUACAACAGACCAUGCAAUGCCUGGCAGUCAAGAAUCUUUUGUUUCUAACCCUCGCAAUCAAGAUUUGCACACAACAUCAAAAGAAUGA